AUGGCUGAAAGCGUGGGGAAGGCUGAGAUUGAUGAUUCUCAGAUCGUAGCUCCCAAUGUCACUGUUCAGAAGCGCGUCAGUGACGACCAGGAGACCGCCGAGAAGGGUCACUUUGAGCAUAUCAAUCUCAACCAGAAUACCUCUGCAAAGAUCAAGAAUCCUCUCGCUGACUUGAGCCCCGAGGAGGUUCUUCACGAUGUUGAAGAGUUUGCUCAUGAGUAUCAAUUGACCGACAUUCUUCCUGAUCUGAAGAAGGGUGCUCUUAUCGCUCGUGAUCCUGACAACUAUGAGUCGGUCCCUGAGAUGUCGGCGGCUGACCUUGCCGCUAUUGACAACGAGGUCACUCAUAAGUGGCGCCAGCCCGUGGCCUUGUAUUUCACCAUCAUCCUCUGCUCCAUCGGGGCGGCGGUGCAGUAA